AUGCGAAAGUUAAUUUCGCAUGUUUAUCGCUUGGACGUAUUCGACAGCCUGGGCCAAGAUUUAUUGAAGAACUAUGCAUCCCUCAAAAAUUACUUGAACAUCACUGGACAAUUCUGUGUGAUUCACGAGCUGAUUCCCAAGGAAGCACAACGAUUUCCUCGAAUGUGGGGAUAUACAGUGAUCGCAUCAAAAGCAUAUGCGCUCCGGCCAAUGCACCACUCGGCGACCCACUUUGAUUCUGACGGUCCCGUUUGCGCUCAGGCUGCCGCGCUCUUCGAGAACACACGAUCGCGAACCCUGGUAAUUGCAGGAGCCAGCAGAUUUGCCGUUAAAGGGGAUCAUCGUUCCGAGUGUCAGGAACAUUUUCAGCUGGCCGAUGCAGCGCACAACAAUCGCACCAUGUUUCAUUGGGUAAACGUGGUGCUGAAAGACCUCGCUGCCGAAGAAGCAGGUGUGAAGGACAAUGGUCAUUUCUUCAUUCAGUGGCAUGGCAUGGCCGAGACAAGCUGCCUCUCUUCGGACGUGUUCCUGUCGACAGGCAUACAAAACUGUUCCAUUUACGAUACUGACAUCCCUGUCAGACGACUUCUAAAUAGUUUCAAUCGAUUAACGGCCGGGCAAGGAUUGAAAGCGUCGACUCCACGAGAGGAUGUCGACUGUCGGCUAACGGCUGGCACAAACGUCUUCGGGCGUUAUCUCAAUGGUGUCCCGCAGGAGUUCGUCUGUAAUACCGCUCCACAUGAGAAGGAUGUGACUGGCAAAUUCGCUCACGUCGAGCAAAAACGAGCAAGUCGGGAAAACAUCUCACUAUGGACUGCGUUUUUGUUCCCGGCUGAUUAUGCUUCAAUGCUUUAUUUCAGCGACACUAGGGAGCAAUUCCGUCUGUCAUUUCGCAUGAAUGAAUCUGAAAUGCAAAGAGACGAAAGUGGCCAUCGCAUCGACAUGGAACAUCGGGUCUCAUCAUCGAAUUACAGCAAAAUUGUCUGCAAAGAA